AAACGUUCAAUGAAUUCAAUUACUACACAGAGGCAUGUUUUUCGAUUCUAAAUCAAUAUACGUACUCUUUCAUCUUAUACACAUUUUGAUAUUAUCGAACUUGAAAUACUAUACAACGGCGAAAACUAUUUUUAUACAUGAGAUUACAUAGGUCCCUACUGCGCAGUACGGCGGAGGAAACACGUUGGUGACCGGACUACUUUCAUGAUAAUUAUUUCCUGGAAUCAAAUAUAUAUUUUAUAUUUUUUCGUUCUUAAAUGUAACUACCACACGGGACAGUUAUGUGAAAAAAAACGUAUUAUUUUCUUACUCGUCAUUGUAAAAUAAAUAAAUAAUAAUAUAUUAAAAAAUAGUUUGUGUUCGUCGUGUCGACUGAUGACGUCAAGGGUUCACUGGCUGUUUUGGCGCGAACGUCAAAAGUUCAGUCUUUUAUUUUGUAUUUUUUUCUGACUUCAAAACACCAACUAACGUACUAUUUCGGUAACUAUCUACCCAAAUGAAAUGGGCUCCAAGAUCAUCGCCGAUGCUGUACGGUUUUCGAAAAUGCUUCGGUCUCUUCAAGAUGACUGCAAAGACUCCUGUAUAUAUGAGGAAGACAUCCAGAUACUGAGAGUGAAUGGAGGGAAACAUCUCCACAACAUCUACACCGGUGACAGACCAGUCUUCAUCUGUGAGAAAACGGCCCCACAGAUCGACCCUGAAGAUGACAAAAUGGAUGAGACGCACUCUGACGAUGAGACGCACUCUGACGAUGAGACAAAUCAUGAAGUCAAGAUAGAGUUGGGGCCACAGCCUCUCACCAUCAUGAAAGCAAGGCAGCUGUUGUCUUGGUACACAAUGUCUCAGAACAGCAUUGUAUCUCCAGUGUUGUGUCCCCAGACUCAGUAUGGAGCCACGUGGAGUGUUGACGAUCCUGGAGACUCCACCUCUCUCUCCAUGGCCACUCUGAAUAUCAAGGUGUCCAGUGGCGACAUGAGAAGUCCCAUGUAUCCGUUGUACAGGGAGCUGGAGUUUCUACAGAUGCUGGCUGAUGGUCUGAGGACCGGAGAGACUGAGUGGAUGGAACCUGUGGAGACCAUGUCUGCUGUGCAGUUGACAAGGGAGUACCUGGAUGAACUGCAGAACACUGUAAAGACUCUGCAGGAUCAGUCUACCAAAGAGGCAGUGAAGGUGAAGACAGAGAUGGGAACAUCAGAGACAGAGAUAUUCAACUCUCUGAUGGAGAGAGGAGAUCUGGACUUCAUAGAACAGCUCUGGGUUCGCAUGAGGAACAGUGUGACUUCCUAUCAAGAUGUCGGAGACUGUCUGAAAAUGGUCAUCAAAGCUUUGCAGUAUGGUGACAUUAAACCAUGGAUUCACAGAGACAGCAGUAGCUCCCUCAGUAAGCUGAUCAUUCAGUCUUACCACCAUCAGAUGGAUCAUGUCUCUUUGACAGGCCUGACACCUGUCCACAUGCUGCUGGAGAUGGGCCUAGACAAGAUGAGGAAGGACUACAUCAACUACCUCAUAGGUCAAGAUCUGACCACGCUAAACCACCUGAGUUACUACCUGAGUACAGUGGAGGACCUGCAGGAGCAGGUGAUCAGACUGAGGAAACUACACCACCUGCUGGAGAUCAUGGUGACCUGCAGCACCUUCCUGUGCCUGCCAUACGACAGACUCUUCCUCCUCACACAGUUGUGUUUGCAGUACUACAAGACAUGUCCCUAUGACGAGGACCACGAGUUCAAACUGCAGAUCAAACCUGCCCUGAUCAGCCACUUCUACCAGAAGGAGCAGGCGGUGUCCUGGGGGGUGGAAGUGUCUAGUGGUAAUUGCCCCAGAGAGGUGAAGACAUCCUGGCUGCUGAGUGACAAGCCCCUGGUGGAACACAUCGUCUUUGAAACAGAUGAGAUGACUGUGAACAGCGCCAGCGAGACUGCCUAUUUCACCACCAUGGUGUGUUGCAGCCUGGUCAAUUUGCUGCUUAGAUCCAAAAGUCUCAACUGA